ACACACAGAGACACACAGGGACACACAAAGACACACAGACACACAGAGACACAGAGACACACAGAGACACGCACAGAAACACACACAGAGGGACGCACAGGAGAGAGACAGCGAGAGGGUACAGGUGAUGAGCGCAUCUGGGGGUGAAUCGGGGGUCCUCACGGUGAUCCCGCUCACCGGGGGGUCAGGCGAGCGGGGGGUAGCCCCCUCGCUCACCGGGGGGGCAGGCGAGCGGGGGGUAGCCCCCGCUCCGCACCCCGCUAUGGGCAGCAGAGUUCGGGGGGCUACGCUGGUGCUGGUGCUGCUCAUCGUGGGGGGCUCAACGAGCCUCCUCCUCCUCCUCGUGCCCCCCACCUCGACCACACGAGAUUUCUAUUCGCACGCCGCCACGGACAUCCGUGGCAGGCGCGUGGAUCUGGAGGCGUACCGUGGAUCGGUGUCUCUGGUGGUGAACGUGGCGAGCGAGUGUGGCUACACGCAGGCUCACUACGGGGCCCUGCAGAAGCUCUACCGAGAGCUGGGCCCCACACACUUCAAGGUGCUGGCGUUCCCUUGCAAUCAGUUCGGAGCACAGGAGCCCGGUUCAAACUCGGAGGUGGAGGCGUUUGCUCGUCACACCCAGGGAGCGUCCUUCCCGCUCUUCGCUAAGAGCCUCGUCCUGGGAGCCAACGCUGAGCCAGCCCUCCGCUUCCUCUUCGACGCCCUGGGCCAGGAGCCACGCUGGAACUUCUGGAAGUUUCUGGUGGACGCCGAUGGCCGCCCCGUGGGCGCCUGGGGCCCCGACACCCCCGUGGAGGACCUCAGGCCGGCCAUCGUGGGCCUCGUCAGGGACGUCAUCCUCAAGCGACGCGCCGAGGAACUCUGACCCCUGACCCCUGACCCCCCCCCGACCCCCCCCCCCCCCCACCACCACCACCACCGCCACCCGUGACCCCUCUGACCUCUCGGUUCCGACGACGGCGGCACCACGGCCGUGACCCCCGCCGCUCGGACGAACUCUGACCCCUGACCCUCCCGAGGCACUCCGAGGAACUCUGACCCCUGACCCCCCCCCCCCUGACCUCUCCCCUCCAACGACAACCCCCGCAGCCGUGGCCUCCGCCGCUCUGACGAACUCUGACCCCGCCCCCCCCUCCCCCCAACGACCCUCGAGCCGUGACCCCUCCGCUCUGACGAACUCUGACCCCAUGAGCCCCGCUUCGACCCCGCGGACGUGACCCCACAACUCCCCCCCCCCCCCCUCCCGCCUUGCCCCUCGCCCCCCACGAGCCCCCUGGCGCCUGUGAGCCGUGGUUCUCGUUGGCCUGGGGCGUGACCUUGGGACCAAGGUUGAAAGUUAAACCGUGCGCCCGUCCGUGUGUCCGCCCGUGUGUCCGCCCGUGUUCCCGCCCAAGACGAGGCGGGGGGGGGCUAACACCGAGUGGAACAGAUGGAGAUCGGUCGCCACACCCUGCCGUGUACCGCCUUCCCCGUUCCUGCGUUAUAACGGAGGGGGACGGGGGGGGGGGGGGUUAGGUGUGGGGCGCGUUGCCCCACGGGGUAUCCGGGGGUCAGCCCGUUGCCCCGCGUUAUAACGAGGGGAGCGGCUCGCUUUCAGUAUCAUAAACGUUGGCGGCCCGUUGCCCCGCGUUAUAACGGGGGAGCGGCUCGCUUUCAGUAUCAUAAACGUUGGCGGUCCGUUGCCCCGCGUUAUAACAGGAGAACGGCUCGCUUCAGUAUCAUGAACGUUGGCGGCCCGUUGCCCCGCGUUAUAACAGGGGAGCGGCUCGCUUUCAGUAUCAUAAACAUUGGCGGUCCGUUGCCCCGCGUUAUAACAGGGGAGCGGCUCGCUUUCAGUAUCAUAAACGUUGGCGGCCCGUUGCCCCGCGUUAUAACGAGGAGCGGCUCGUCUUCAGCGUUAUAAACGUUGGCGGCCCGUUGCCCCGCGUUAUAACAGGGGAACGGCUCACUUUCAGUAUCAUAAACGUUGGCGGUCCGUUGCCCCGCGUUAUAACAGGAGAGCGGCUCGCUUUCAGUAUCAUAAACGUUGGCGGUCCGUUGCCCCGCGUUAUAACAGGAGAACGGCUCGCUUCAGUGUUAUAAACGUUGGCGGUCCGUUGCCCCGCGUUAUAACGGGGAGCGGCUCGCUUUCAGUAUCAUAAACAUUGGCGGUCCGUUGCCCCGCGUUAUAACAGGAGAACGGCUCGCUUCAGUAUUAUAAACGUUGGCGGUCCGUUGCCCCGCGUUAUAACGGGGAGCGGCUCGUCUUCAGCGUUAUAAACGUUGGCGGCCCGUUGCCCCGCGUUACAAUGGUGGGAGGGCAGCCCCGUUGCCUACGAAGGACGAACUCCACAUCGCAGGGAGGACGCAGCUACGGCUACGGACGGCAGAGCGAGGGCUUUUGCCGUGACGCAGACGAUAUUGUCCGUGACCUCUCCCCCCGCCCGCCCGCCCGUCCUUGGUUUUCUCCCUGGACGUGGCACACGGAGAGGGGGAGGGAGGGAUGGUGGUGGUGGUGGUGGGACGGGGGGGGGGGGUGGUGGCAGGCCGUCUGGCCUGAACCUCCCUGGCAGCCAAGAAAAUAAACGACUAAAAUAUA